AUGGAUCAAAACAAGCAGCGCCUGCAACAGCACCUCCUCACCAGCUUCUCCCAAGGUUUUCCAGGUCUUUCAUCAGGAGCCACAAACAAUGACUUAUUAUCGCUUCAACUUCUUUCCGGUCUCUCAGCACCGAGUCUUCUUCAAGCUACACCCACUCUCUCCACAAAUGAUCUCACCCAAUGGGCUGCCGCACAACAACAAUCACAAUGGCUCGUUGAUCAACAGGCCAAAGUGGCAGCGGCGAUGUUUGGUGGAAUGGGGAUGUUUGGUGGGAUGAGCGGUGGGAUGAGCGGUGUGAAGGGAAUGGAUCUGACUAACAACACCGAUUUGACGAAAGCUUUCGUCUCAGCCUCUACCGCAAAAGCCACCUCAGCCAAUCCGUCGCCCACGAUUUUCCCCACAAUGUCUUCACUAAGAAAUGAGGUGCUAAAUGGAGCACAUUUAGGAACACCAGUUAAUAUUGAUGGAGUCGACGGCUCACCGGCUGGCCCAAGCUCGGCCAAUCCCGGUUCACACAAAUCAAUCUCUACCCCAAACGAUAUUGAUGUCGGAGCGAUUAGUCAACCGAAUUCCCAAGCUGAUCAAGGAAAACACGAGAGUCCAUCAAGAAAAUUAUCACAUAUGAUCAAUCGACAAGACAUGGAUCUUCCAUCAACAACUCUGGGUCAUCAAUAUUCUCAUUUCGAUUUCCCGAGCACUUCCUCAUCAUUCAUGCAAAAGGAGAAAGAUGACGGGCAAAAGGAAUCAAAUGAUCCAUGGGCAACACUUGAUUUGAAUGAUAUUAAUGAUUUGUUGACUGUCACUGGGACAUCAUCUUCCACUUAUGAUUCAACGAAUUUGGAGUUUGAUAAAGAGUUCGAGAAGGUCUUCUCGAUUGUGCAAAGUCGGGAUGGUGCUAGACGGGAAUCGAUCGACAAAGACCGAGAUAAGGACAAAGAUAAAGACAAGGAUAACUUCGAUUUCGGGCUCCUCGAUGAGAAUCCAGCGCUGAGUCCUGUACAGUUCACCCCACCCGAUUCCCCGACUCACGAAGGGAAUGCCACCGAUUUGACCGCUUUGUUUUCAAUGGGCGCAAGUCCGCCGAAAAUCUCGAAAAAGGAAAUCGUUAAACCGACAAAAGUCUCCUCAAUGAAAUCAUUUCUGCCAUCCGUUCCUUCAACAUCGACUCAAAAUGAUUUAAUGAAUCCUAUGGUGAAAACAUCUCCACCAAAGAAAGAAUCGAUCUUCAAGAAGAAGGAACCAAUCUUCCGAAAAGAGUCGAGUAUUUUCGCGAGAAAAAGCAGCAAAGCUCCUGUUUAUAAGCAGAAGUCAACAACAAUACUUGAUUAUAAUGAAGACAAAGGAAAGAAGAUAGAUACGAAAGAUGAUGAGUACUCAUUCACCGAUGAAGAGGAUGAUAUGACUGCAAUGGUUGAAGAGGCGAAGAAGGAAAAUCGCUUACAAGAAGAGAUCCAAAAACGACUCACCCAAACCGGACCCAACUCCACCAACAAAAGCGUCUACGUUCCGGGAAUCGGCUUCGCUGCUCCAAAAGAGCAACCCGUACAAGAACUCUGGAGCCACGUUGUACCGAAGAAAAGAUUCGGAGCUGAAGGAUCGAAGACUGGAAUCCCGCCGACAACCCUUUUACCACCAACAGCUCAAGUGGAGACACCGAGUACAGCUACCGUCGUUAUUCCGGAGAUCUUGACAUUGGCGGACACAAUUCGAAAACGAAAACAGGAAAGAGAGAAGAAAGCUUUCUGCAAGACAAAAAUUUCGAAUGAUUGUUAUUGUCCACGAGAGAAUGGGAUCAUUCAAGUCUUCGAUGGGAAGCCAGUCGAACCCGGCAAUCUUCCACCAAUUCCCAAGCUGCGAAUCUCCCGAAAGAUCCUGGCCCAAUUCUCGGAAGAACCAAACAAUCAAUCCGAUGUGGAAAAUUACCAGAUAACAAGAAAAAUGAAAAGAAGAAGAAAAACAACGGAUGAGGAUUCGGAUUGGAGAGGAUGGACAGGGAAUAAGACGAGGAAACAACAAAGGAAAGAAAGGAAUAUGCGGAGGAGGAGCAGUCGAUUAUUGAGCGAACAACCCUACACAAAUGGAUAUGGAGGAGAGAGUUGUGAGCCACAAGUGGUCGUCGAAGAACUCUUCACAACGCAAGAAACAAAAGCCGAUUCCCUUCAAUCAGAUCCGGUGAUGAUGAGCAAGAAAGCUCGGCUGCUGCAACAAUGGCAAGAGACUGAGGCUGGGACAAAAGAAGAGGAAAAACCCCAGCCAUUGAACGGAACGCGACGGGACACCUCAUUGAAGAUAAAAAUAGUGAAGACGGCAAGAAAUGAGCAACAAAAUCAAGAGAUCAAGACAAGAUUGGCCGCUUUUGGAUCGGCUGAGGGACAUUUGCCGAAAGGAACCUUCGUUGUUUGCAAGAAAGAUCUCUUCAAGGAUGACUGUGCUCUGUGGAGAGUUGACAAUCAGAAUAUGCUGCAGAAAUACCCGCCACGAAUCGAUUCAGAAACGAAGAGGGUCACCUACAAGAAUAGUAGCACGUAUUCUGGCUGGUGUGAGCAGAUCGCUUCCGACUACGCAACAAUCGCAAUCCGAUACAACAAACAGACGAGAUCUGAAGCAAUUGUUGAGCCCGAAGUCCCACUAUCCGAUCUUUUCCCAGCGAUCACAGCUGAGCUCAAUGGAAGCACGGAGGCGUGUGCUGUUGUCAAGGAAGAUGAGCCGAAAGAUCCAAUCGAGAUGGACGCCUCAUUUCUGCUUGGUGAUCCGACACGAAUGACCCUUCACACUUAUAUCUCAGCCAUGCUCCAACACGUGCUCACCCUCAACUAUUUCAAAGAAGUUCGCGAGAAGAAUGAGUCACUUGUCUUUCAAUCGAUGGUCGACGUGGCAAGAAACAACAUGGAGUGCCUUGAAAAGUUGCGUUCAAAAGCAAAUUGGGAUGAUGAUUUUGAAGAAAAUCUGGACAAAUAUCUGCAGAUAACGAGCACCGAAUUGGACCUUCAAGAUAUCGAUUGUCAGGCCUGUCAACAAUGUUUGGCCACAAAAAUUGAGCAAUUCUUCGAUUUGCACCACUACAACCGGGAAACACUGCAAGCGAAGCAGAAGCGAUAUAACGAUAGUCCCCUGAGAGCAAGGGAGCUCUUCGUUUGCGAUUCAUGCCUUCAUUUGUCUCAGCUUUUUCAUAAAUGUCUUCACAUGAGAUAUUUUCUCUUUAAACAAUGUGAGGAUCGUUUGGAAGAAUUGGGGAAUGAGAGUCCCGAAUCGGCGCCGGAGAAACUGGUGGAAAAAGCGAGAAGCUCGUCGAAUUGGAUGCUAAAGCUCGUUCGUCAAAACGCCGAUUUAUGGAAGAAGAUCAAGAGCAACGAUUUUUUAAUCUAUUCAAUCAAUCAAUCAAAAAUGAGCGAUAUCACCCGUGACAACCUGGGACGCGCCCACGAUGCCCACACGGGGCAAUUCGUUUCCAAAGAGGCCGAUCAAGGCCAACGUGGCCGUAGCCCGAAAAUCGAUGAAGGAAUGAAACAUGAUGUGGUUGGACACGACACUAGCUCUGGCCACGAGGUUUUCCUCGACAAAAACGAUCGCGCGCAUGAUGUGGAAAACGGGAAAUUCGUCGCCGAUCAAAACGUUGACUAUCAG